ACAUAAAAUUGUUGUCCAACUCUCUUUGCAUCUCCAACACUUUUCUGUCUAAACACGAGUGGUUGCCAUGAAAUAUACUGCAAUAAUCUUGGUCUUUCUGCAAUGUUGUCUUGCUUUGCAGGCCAACUCGACGAUCCUGCAUAAGUAUGAGUCGAUCUUCAACUUCGGCGACUCCUUAAGCGACACCGGGAACUACUUCCGGUCCGCAGAGGGAUCUCCAACUGUGCCGAAUUAUCCUUAUGGCAAGACCUUCUUCGGGCAUCCGACCGGUCGUUAUUCAGAUGGACGUCUUAUAAUUGAUUUCAUUGCGGAAGCAGUUGGGUUACCCUAUCUGAAGCCAUAUCUUGAGGUAGUCAACGGCUCGGUUGAUGCUCGCGGUGGAGUUAACUUUGCAGUUGCUGGUGCCAAAGCUCUUGAUCCGACAUUCUUUGAAGCUCGACACAUUCGAACGAUCCCCAUGACGAAUUAUUCCUUAAGCGUUCAGCUCCAGUGGUUCAAGAAACUAAAAUCUUCUCUUUGCACAUCACAACAAGAUUGCGAUACAUAUUUCAAGAAGUCCUUAUUUCUAGUGGGGGAGAUUGGUGGAAACGACUACAAUCUUGCUUUCGCCCUUGGUGCAACCUUUGAGCAGCUCCGUCCCAUUGUCCCAGAUGUUGUUGGAGCCAUCACCAAUGCAAUCAGCAUGCUCAUCGAAGAAGGGGCGGUGGAGUUGGUAGUGCCAGGAAAUUUGCCGAUAGGUUGCUCGACGUCAUACCUGGCGACCGUUCCGCGUUUUACCAAGGACGACGUUAAUAUGACAACUGGUUGUCUCAAUCGUUUUAAUGAAUUCGCCAAGUACCACAACGAUUAUCUCCAGCGAGAGUUGCAGCUUUUGAGACAAAAAUAUAGCCAUGCAAGGAUCAUCUAUGCGGAUUAUUAUUGA